AUGAGCAAUGAGAAUGGACAGAAACCCCCACCGUCGAUUCUCGUUGGUCGAUUCAAGGCUUUGUUGAAGCAACGUGAAGAUGACCCAAGGCUGAGAAAUUCGCAACCUUCAACGGAAGAAAUUGUGCAGAUUUACGAGGCUUUGUUGGGUGAACUCACGUCGAAUGUGAAACCUAUCAUCACUGAUCUUACCAUCAUUGCUGAACAACAUAGGGAACAUGCUAGAGGAAUCGCUUAUGCUAUUUGCGCUCGUAUUCUCGAGGUGUCUGCAGAUCAUAAGCUUCCUUCACUCUAUCUCUUGGACAGUGUUGUGAAGAAUGUUGGCCAGGAAUAUGUUCGAUACUUCUCGUUACGUCUACCCGAAGUUUUCUGCGAGGCAUACAGACAGGUUAAUCCAAGUUUGCAUUCUGCCAUGCGACAUCUCUUUAGUACCUGGUCAAAAGUUUUCCCUCCCUCUGUCUUACGGAAGAUUGAAGUGCAAUUGCAAUUUUCUUCAGCAGUUAAUAAUCAACCAUCAAGUGUUAAUCCCCUCAGGGCUUCUGAAUCUCCUCGGCCAACUCAUGGGAUACAUGUUAACCCAAAAUACAUAAGACAAAUGGAACAUUCUACUUCAAUUAUGGAUAGUGUUGUGGGUGAAAGGUUAGGUUCACCAGGAACUGUAGGAAAUGCAAAUUUUGGCCUUGCAGCUAAUAAGGUUCAACAAUUUGUGCCAAGUAGGGUUGGCAAAUCCUCUUCACCGUCAGGAAUUGGACAUGAUAGGCAUAUGCCCUCAUAUAUUGAUGAAUAUGUAGUUGACCAUUCUGCUGGCAGGACAGUUGAGAGAGAAUCUCCUCAUCGUGCUGUUGAUUAUGGACUAAUUAAAGGAUUAGGUAGAGAAGAAGAGUUGCGUGAGUGGCCGCGAAAGCAGUUUACUGGUGAUGGUCCGAAGAGAUUUCCAGCUUCUAUGACAUACAGUCUUAGUAACGGACAACCUCGCCAAAAUCCAAGAGCUCUAAUUGAUGCCUAUGGUAGUGACAAAAGCCAAGAAACUUCUGGCAGUAAGCCUUUGUUAGUUGAGCGGCUGGAUAGAAAUGGUAUGGAUAAGGUUUUGACAACAUCAUGGCAGAACACGGAAGAGGAGGAGUUUGAUUGGGAAGAUAUGAGUCCAACAUUAGUGGAUAGUCGAAACAAUGGUUUCCUGCAACCAACUAUUGGUUUCUCCUCAGAAAAGCCUGUUAACGUUGCAGCAAGUGCAACUUCUUCAGUGUCAAGGAUAUUUCCUGGUUUCAAGUCUAAUAUGGAGUACCGUCCACCAGUUUUGCCAGCAACUUUUGAAAUAAGGAACUCUAUAAAUGUGCAUGCUCCUCGUCCUCCCAGCUUAAAUCCUAUGUUUCCAUUGAAGAAUCCUGUUAGGAACCCAUUCGAAUCAAUAAAUGCUAAUAGUGCCAUUGUGAGUCAUGGUCCAAAUAGACCUUUUCCGAUCCAUGAACAAUCGUUGCCUGGUGUUGAGAACAAUGACAUCAGUAAAAGAAACCCGUAUCAGUUGCCUAAUCAGCUCGCUGGUCUGAUUUCAUCUAAUCUGCAAAACCCUGGACAAACACCGCCGUUACAGUUUUUUCCAUCUCAGGAUCCAGCAGCAUCGCAAUUUAGUUAUAGGCCCUCUUUGCAAGGACAUGGUGCUGCUAUAAGUACCCCCAUGUCAAAUGUACGACCUGUUAUGCCAUUCCCUUUGCCUGGCCAAAGAACCACAAACAACUCUUUUCAAUUCCAGGGAGGACCGUUGCGGCCUUUACCUCCAGCCGGUCCACAUCCUCCAUCCCAGAUGUUACAUCAUCCCAAUCCUAGUUCUUUUGCUUCAAGUCAACAGCCCACUGUUGGAUAUUCUAAUUUGAUUAAUUCACUCAUGGCCCAAGGUGUAAUCUCAUUGGCUAAUCAAGCCCCUGCACAAGAUGUUGUUGGAAUUGAGUUUGAUCCAGAUAUUCUGAAGGUCCGUCAUGAAUCUGCAAUCAAAGCCUUAUAUGGCGAUCUUCCUAGACAAUGCACAACUUGUGGCCUCCGUUUUAAAUCCCAAGAUGAGCACAGCAGUCACAUGGAUUGGCAUGUGACUAAGAACCGUAUGUCUAAAAACCGUAAGCAAAAACCCUCUCGCAAGUGGUUUGUGAGUGAGACGAUGUGGCUUAGUGGUGCAGAGGCAUUGGGAGCUGAAUCAGCUCCAGGUUUUUUGCCAACCGAGACCACCGAGGAAAAGAAAGAAGAUGAAGAGUUGGCGGUUCCUGCUGAAGAGGACCAAAAUACAUGUGCAUUAUGUGGAGAGCCUUUUGAUGAGUUUUACAGUGAUGAAACAGAGGAGUGGAUGUAUAGAGGAGCCGUAUACCUUAAUGCGCCUAACGGAAUAACAGCGGGCAUGGACAGGUCGCAGUUAGGCCCCGUUAUCCAUGCUAAAUGCAGAUCUGAAUCUACUACCACCCCGUCUGAAGAUUGUGUGAUGGACGAAGGGGGCACCUAUGAAGAAGGAAAUGAAAGAAAACGAGUCCGGGUCGUCUGA